UCUUUCUUGUCUUUAAUUAUUCCUGUUGUGUUUUGCUCGAAAGAAAAAAACCCUCUCAACAAUGGCGGAACCAAAGACCAAAUACGAUCGUCAGCUCAGGAUUUGGGGUGAGCAAGGGCAGGCUGCGCUUGAAAAGGCAAGUAUUUGCUUGCUCAACUGUGGUCCUACUGGUUCCGAGACUCUCAAAAAUCUUGUUCUUGGUGGCAUUGGAAGUAUUACUGCUGUUGACGGUUCUAAAGUAGAAAAUGGAGACCUUGGAAAUAAUUUUAUGGUCAGUGAGUCGAGUCUUGGACAGUCGAAGGCAAAAUGUGUCUGUGCUUUUCUGCAGGAACUUAAUGAUGCUGUGAAAGCUAAAUUUAUUGAAGAGCAUCCUGUGACUUUAAUCGAGACCAACCCUUCAUUUUUUUCUCAGUUUACCUUGGUUGUAGCCACACAGCUGGUGGAAGAUUCCAUGGUGAAGCUAGACCGCAUUUGUCGUGAUGCAAAUGUUAUGCUAGUAUUUGCACGCUCAUAUGGCCUCAGUGGGUUUGUUCGAACCAGCGUGAAGGAACAUGCAGUGAUAGAGUCAAAGCCUGAUCAUUUUCUUGAUGAUCUCCGGUUGAAUAAUCCAUGGCCUGAACUUAAAAAGUUCACUGAGAACAUCGAUUUGGAUACAUCUGAUCAUGUAGCCCAUAAACAUACUCCGUACAUCUUAAUUCUUGUCAAGAUGGCACAAGAAUGGGCUAAAGUCCAUGGUGGAAAGCUUCCAUCAACCAGAGAAGAGAAAAGAGAAUUUAAGGAACUAUUAAAAGCAAAAAUGAUUGCAGCUGAUGAAGACAAUUAUACAGAAGCUAUUGAGGCCUCAUUUAAAGUGUUUGCCCCUCUAGGAAUUAGUUCAAGUUUGAAACGUAUACUUCAUGAUCCAUGUGCUGACGUUGAAUCUGGUUCAUCAGAUUUUUGGGUGAUGGUAGCCGCAUUGAAGGAGUUCAUUGCUAAUGAAGGUGGCGGUGAAGUCCCUCUUGAGGGAUCAAUACCGGAUAUGACAUCUUCUACCGAGCUAUAUGUGAACCUUCAGAAACUUUAUCAGGCUAAGGCCGAGGCUGAUUUUCUUUUGGUUGAGCAACGUGUUAGAGAUAUUUUGAAAAACAUCGGUAGAGAUCCAUAUAGCAUCUCAAAAUCAGUAAUAAAAAGCUUCUGUAAGAAUGCCAGAAAGCUCACAGUAUGCAGAUUUAAGCUCAUUGAGGAAGAGUUCAAUUCUCCUAAUUUGCCUGAGAUGCAAAAGUAUCUUACUGAUGAGGAGUACAGUGUGGCUGUGGGAUUUUAUAUUCUACUUCGAGCUGUUGAUCGAUUUUACGCCAACUAUAAUACUUUUCCUGGCCAGUUUGAUGGUGCAUUGGACGAGGAUAUAUCGAGAUUAAAAACUACAGCAGUAAGCCUUCUUAGUGAUUUGGGCUGCAAUGGCUCCACCUUGACAGAAGACCUUAUCAAUGAGAUGUGCCGAUAUGGUGCUGCUGAACUCCAUGCAGUUGCUGCUUAUAUUGGUGGAGUUGCGUCACAGGAAGUGAUCAAGCUGAUUACAAGGCAAUUCGUGCCUAUGACAGGAACUUUCAUCUUCAAUGGCAUAGAUCACAAAUCCCAGUUGUUGUCAUUAUAAUUUUCGAAAAUGCCAGGGAAAUUCUAUCUUUUUGACAUGAUACGACAAAGGUUAUGCAAUUUCAGAGUCUGUGACUACCCCAGAAAUUAGGAGAAUCAAAGAGGCCUAAUCAAGACGAAGACCACAACUCAUUUGCUGAGAUAUGAGAUUUAGAUUUAGGGUCUGUCAAAUUAAAACCUAAACUAGAUCCAUCAUCCAUGGAUUAUUAUUUGGGUUGUAUUUAGGGCAUUAAUGCUGCUAUAUUGAUUUCUACCCUGUGCAUGGUUUGGAGAAAGGGCAGUCAUUAAUCAUAUUACUAUGAAGAAGUUGACCUUGA